AUGGCACCCAUGAAGAAGUAUACUGCACCAAGUGGGUUUAUCUAUGAGAAGAACAACUUUGCAUCAUUUGUGGAUACUAAAGCUGUGGAGGAGAAGGAGUAUCACAGGAUGAUGGAGUUCAUCAAGUCAAGCCAGCUCUCUUAUGCUAUGACUGAAGCUCCUAUCAUCUACCAUGAAAUAGUGGAGGAGAUGUGGACCUCUGCAGAGUUUAAUAGUAAGGAUGAAACUCUAACUUUCUCUAUUAAAAAUGAAACUCAUUCUGUUAAUGCUGAUAUUAUGAAAGCAUGCUUUAAGAUUCCUGAAGAUACUGUUUUAUCUUUGCCUAGUGAUAAUCAGUUGGUUAAUCUACUUUAUGCCAUGAAUUAUGUUCUGCCAACUGAUGCCUUAGGUAAAAUAGAAAGAAGGGGUCUUAGGAGAGAAUGGAGUUAUUUAUGUGAUGCUUUUAUUAAGGCAUUUUCUGGUAAGAUUAGUAAUUUCAAUGCUCUCACUUCCCAGAUUUUACAAAUGCUUUACAUGUACCUGACUAAUGAAUAUUUCAAUUUUGGUGGUUUGAUGAUCCAAGAAAUUGGGGAGAAACUAGGUGAUAAAACUGGUAGACCUAGGAAUAUUUAUUAUGUCAGAUUUCUUAUGAUGCUAGCUAAGCAUCUUAACAAAAAGCUGGUUAUUACUAACAAGGAAGCCAAGCUUCCCAGUUUUGUGCAGGAAAAGAGAGUCUUUAAAGACCUCUUCAGGAUGAAUUUGUACCCCUCCUUGGAGGUGGUGUACCUGCCAAUAAUGGAGGCUGGAAAGCAAAAAGAGGUACAUGGAUUUCCUACUACUCUCUCUCAACCCUCACCUUCUUUGCUUUCUGUCAUCAGGGCUGUUGAAGAGGCCCAUCAACAGUCCACACAAGUGGCAAAACCUUCUAAAAACAAAUCUUCUAAACCAACCUCAGAUGCCUCCCAAAAGGCACCUGUUGUAAAAACCAAAAGAAACAAACCUGAGGGGAGUGUGACUGGAGGUUGUGAGGGGGAGGGAAAGGGUGAACAUCAAAGAAACCCUAAGCAUAAGGAUGGAGAGGUGUGUGUUAACCAGCCUGGCCACUCUGCAGUCUCCCAAAAGACUGUAGAUGUUAAUAUGGAAUCAAACUCAUCCCUAGCAGCAUCCUCCCAAAAGGAUGUUGCUAUUGAAAAUAGUCCCCAACCAGGGACACAGUUAAAAAGGGGGAGGGACACCACUUCUUCACCAAUAAAAGCCUAUGGGAGAAAGAAGCUAAGAAGUGACAAACUGAAGCACUCUGCACACACACAGGCAUCCAUUCUGGAUUUUAUGCCUUUAACUUCUCAAAGUCAGAUUGAUGUGACUCCAAUAAAUGUGGAGUCACAGCCCCCUUCUUCAUCUCAACCAAUCACCCACAUUUAUGAUCUUACCAUCUCUACUACUCAAACACAAUCCCCAACCUCUUCUGUGGAUGUGGAAUUAAUUCACACCACACUUGUAAAUUCUCCAUCUUUGGAUUUCAUGGAGAAGCCCCCUUCUGAGAUUGAUCAUCAUCAUUUUGAUGAUUUGUUGGAUCUUUCUCUUCCAUUUCCUUCUUCUGUGACAGUGUGUUCUGUGGAUUUUCCUUUAAAAUCAAUCACCACAGACUCAACUAUCACAGCCUCUAAACCUAUUUCUUCAUUUUCUUCAACUGAUCUCCCUCAUCAGUUGACAAGUGUUUGUCCUUCAACUGAUCUGCUUAACAGCUCUCAUCAGUUGAAUGCCUCAUCUACUAAUGUUUCAACUGAUGUCUCUCAUCAGUUGACAACUGCUGCUACUUCAACUACUUUACCUCUUUCUACAGCAGUUGAUCACAUGGUAGCACAAACACUUCUAGGAUUGAGUGGAGUGAGCUAUGGAGUGGAGAGGCAGCCUAGUGAGCUGGCAAAAGGAGAGGGUGUGGAGAGUCUGGCAUUUUCUUCUAGCCAGGAAAAAGGAGAGGAUAAGAGUGACCCUUUAGUAAGGGUAAGUGAGGGAGAGGUGAGUUGUGUGGUGAGCCAAGGGGAGCCCUUGAUGCAAGAAAAGAGAGAUAAUGAGAGAAAUGCAGGUGUCAAUGAAGGGUUUAGUGAACAAGAGAUUCAAGCUGAAUAUAGAUCCAUAUUGGAUAGUGUUUCACUAGACCCUGAGACUUUUACUCAUGGAAUGUCUUCCAUUCAAGAUUUUGCCAGAUUGGAUAAUCAAGCAGCUGAGAGGCACCUUAAUCUGAUUCACACUACAUCUUCUAUGCUUAGAGCAAAGGAGGCAUUUGCAGCUCUGCCUGCCAAUGCUGGAGAUGAUUUUCAUUAUGAUGAUAGUGAUGAAGACCUCAAUGAUGCUCUUGAGGAAUCCCUUGGUGAACAACCUACAACUUCUCUACCUUCAUGGCUCUCCAUGCAGUCUGCCAAUGCAAUUGUUGUUAGCAUGGAGCUGGAAAGGCAAGCCUCCACUCUUCUUCAAUCACAACCUGGAAGCUCAUCCUCCUCUCAAGCCAUCUCUGCCACCAUUGCCAGUCAAGCUCUGGAAAACCUCAAGCUUCACAAAUAUCAAUCUCUCCACUUUCAGAAAGAGAUAGAGCAUCUCAACUCUCUCAUUGCCUCUGUUAAGACUGAUCUGACCAAACAAAUUGAUGAAAAGCUUCCAGCUCAGGUCAAAUCAGCUCUUUCUGGUUCUGAGCAAAAACAACUGCAAUUGGAAAAGCAAGUAGAAGCUCUGGAAGGCAAUGUCUAUAUCUUAAACUCUAGAAUGGAUGAGAUGUUGCAGCAUCAAAGAAUUCAGACUGGACUCCUUCAACAUCUUCUUCUUGCCUCUGGUGCUUCUCUUCCCAGUCCAUCCCUUACACUUGCUGCUAACAAAAAGGGGGAGAAAGAAUUACCAACUCCUGCAGAAUUGAUCAGUCAAAUUCCUCCCCCUUUCCACACUGAAAGGGAAAAGCAAAAGAUUGAAAGGAUGAAAGAAUUGGACUCCAUUGCAAAGAGAGUGGCUCAACUGGGCAAGAAAUCAUCUACAUCUUCUACAGCCACCACUGCUCAAAUCUCUUUUCCAACCACAACCACAAUUCUCAGGGUAAUCACACCUGAGAUUGUUAUUCCCUCCAAGACAGAAAAGGGUGAGCCAUCAUUUCUGAAUGAGUUCAAGCCAAUUCUGUUUCCAAACAUUUGUGGUUACUCCAGGCCUGGAAAAGACUCAAGCUCAAUCUACUUUCCACCAGCCAGGCCUGACAAAAAUGAAUACAAGCUUUUGGGCCAAGAAAUCAAGAGUUAUAAAGAUUGUGCAGAUGUGGCCUUAAAGGCUCAUUUUGCCAUCAUCUAUAGAGAAGGCCAGAAGCUGUUUAUUGGAACUGGCCAUCCUCACUACUCAUUUGCUAAAGCUGAAGAGGUGGCCAGAGAAUGUGAAAAAGAGGAGUUUGAAUCUUAACUCUCUUUAAAUCAAAUAGAGGUUGAUGAAAGGUAUGCUAUUGAGCUGGAAGAGGAGUUGGCAGCUGAGCUUUUAAAUGAGGAAAGAUUGUCUCUUAAAUCUUCUCCAAAGAAAAGGAGAGUCAAAUCUAAAACUAAGAUGCCUGAGGCAGCCAAGAGAAGAGAAGAAGUGCCAGAAAAGCCUAUCUCAAAGCCUUCUUCUCCAAUCAAGGAUACCACAGUAGUACAUCCAGAUGUCAACUUCCAUGAUGAGCCAAUAAUGCCAAAGGAGGAGCCAAUUGACUUGGAAGAUAUCCCAAUUCCAGCUUUUCUUGUCCAAGAAUCUUCUAAGCCAAAGAAGAAAGUCAAGUCUGUGGCUAAGAGGAUGGCUAACCCUCCUAAACCUCCAAAAGAACCUGAAAAUCCUGAUGACUAUCUCAUCAUUGCUAACAUUGAAGAAAUUUCUGAGUUGGAUCUGGAGCUGGAUGAUCUUCAAGAAGUAAGAGGAAUAGAAGCAACUUCAAAGUUACCUGAAAGAUUGGUAUUCUCUUACAAAAACAAGGGUGAUGUUAUCUGGCCUCUUCACAGAGUUCUGAAUUCUGAGGGAUUCAGUUCUCUAACAAAAAUAUAUGGAUCUAUGAAGAGGUCUGGAGGAUUUACACCACCUGCAAAGCAAAUGGUACUAAAGAGAAUCCUUGAGAUCAGGAAGGAAUGGAACUCAGAUGCUAGUCUACAAAGAAGGCUGAAAAUUCCCUACACUGGAAAGAAAAUUCAUCAUGAACCUACUCCAGUCAUGGAAUUUAGGGACAAUCAAGGUGUUAGGAGAUUUUUCAGACCUAAAGAUCAACUCAAGGUUGCUAGCUUGAAUACUCUGAAGACUCUCCAAUCCAAGCUCAACAGACAAGAUAGUGAUGAAGAAUGGUUCUACAGGAUCUUUCAGAAGCAGAUUAAUAUUCUUGAAGAAAAACUUAAGUCCAGAAGAAGAAGAUCUUCUAGGAACAAGUAACUGCUCAGUCUAGAGGAGCAUAAUCAUCUGUAAUCUUUUCUAACUCUUGUAUUUAAAUUCUGCAUUUUAUUUUAUUAAUGUUUUGUUAUCAUCAAGUGUAGAAUUUAUGUCUGCAUCUUCUCCAGUCAUAAAUUGGGGGAGAUUGUUAGGAAUCAAUAAUUUUUGAUGAUAACAUAAACAUUUUGUAACAUGUCUUACUUAGAAUCUUUAUCAAAUUUCAGUUGUAAUUGUUACAUUUCUUGUCUUUGGGAAUUAUCAACGGAUGGGUAGAAUAGGAUGGCUAAUUGUAAAUAUCCAAUGCCAUGUAAUUUUAUCUAAGUGAAGGAUAUUCAACUGAUGAGAUGUAACUAUUCAACUGAUGAAGACUGGAUGAUGUUUCAACUGAUGAAAAUCAAGCAUUCAACUGAAGACAAAGUGUUCAACUGAUGAUGCUGAGGAAUUCAACUGAUGAGACUGGAACACCAUCCAACUGAUGAAGUUUGUAAUUCAUUCAACUGAUGAGUCAGGCAUUCAACUGAUGAAGUCAAGAGCAGUUGAAAGUAACCAGAACUUUCAACUGAUGAAGCAAAGAGCAGUUGAAAGUGACUAGAGCUUAAGUCUGACAAAUCACAUGGAUCGAAUUACACUAAAAUAGACAUGGAAGCCUAAUUAGGAAAAUAAAGAAGAAGCAGAAACAUACUUAUCUCAUGCAGUGCAAUCUGGAUCAAAUCAAGAUGAUGGUCAAAGAUGAAGACAUCUCAGAAAGCAUGCAUAAGACAAAGUUGUGCAGCAUUGUUUUUAGAUCAGAGUGCAUUUUGUAAUCUAGCUAAAAACUUUGUAAAACUUGGAGUAUAUAACCAAGUUAGUAGCAUCAGUUGAACUUGUUCAAAUUACUUGAAAAGAAAAAUCUGAGAGUUAGAACUUGUUGAGUGAUGAACCAGCAGCUGUGCGAAUUGUAAACAAUCCACAGAUUCUUCUAUAUAAAAUCUCACGGGUGGAUCAUUCAAUCCACCCGUAUUUUUAAUACUUGGUGUUUUUCUGUUUACUGUUUUCUUAGUGUAUCAUUCUUGAAUCUUUUAAGUUUGUAAAAGAUUGUAUUCAACCCCCCUUCUACAAUCUUUCUCAUAGUUGGUGUAAAAUAACAUAAAAUAUGGAACAUUUGGGUAUUUUCCUGAUAAUUUAUGGAUAGUAUGUGAUAUUUAUAUGAAAAUUUGUGAGGUUUGUGUUAUCGGGUUUAUUGAAUUGACUGUUCAUAUGUGUUCGGAUUUGAGAUAUUUCAAUUUCUAUAUGAUCAGGAUAAAAUAUAGUUUAUUUAGAUAUGUUCAUAUCAAUUUUUGGAUUGCUACGUGAUUUUAUAAUCGAUUUGUGAAUUUAAUUUCGUUUAAUUAUUAUUUAUAUUUAAAUAGUUAUUUAGCAUUUUGAACCUCGUGGGCGUUCGUGAAAAUUUCGUCAUUAGGCUAUUUGGGACAUUCUGAGCAUUUCUCGUGUUUUAACUUUCUCAAUCCGGAGUACGGUUUGCCCCGUAAAUGAUCCGGUACGGUUUUAUUAAUAUUUUUAAAGUUAAUAAUUAUCUGGUUGUCUCGUAAUGCGUGAAGCAUAUUCAAGGAAUAUUCCAAAGCAUAUUCAAGGAAUAUUCUGUUAUCUUCUUCUAUAAAUAUCCUUUACCAGUUUAUUUCGCACGUACAAUCAUUUCGUCCGUUUCUCUGCACGAAUACCGAGAGAAGACGAACGGGUGUUCUUCGUGUUCUUCAUAUUCAAACGAGGAUUUGAAGGCGUUAUAGGAAUCCGAUGGAGGCGUAUAAAUAGUCAAAACGAAGCUCUCGACGCGUAGAAUCUAAUACAAUCAUCCGUUUCAGUGCAGAAUCAUCAGAAAAGCUUAGAGAUGAAUUGCUUGAUUGAGAUUGCGAGUAUGGCUAAGGCUAAGCGAGGAGUCAGAGUUAUAGAAUAUCCAGAGGACAAGUGGAAUGUCCAGGGAGAUUGUCAAGGUUGGUUCCAGAUAGAAUUGUAUUGAUGAGAUUCAGUUGUAAGUCAUAAUUGAAAUAGAUUGACAGUGAUUCUUCUCAUCGAAGAUGAUCUGAGAUUGUAAGACAUUGUUUAUUGAUAAUGGUUGAUUCUAAUUUCGAUACUGUAACCUGGAUGCGAUCCUGUUUUUAGGGGGUUAAAGUGUUUUCUUUUAAAUCUUUUACUAAAGUUUUCAGGUUUUAAAUCCUUUGAUUUUAUUACCUUUUUCAAAAAUACAGGUUUUCAAAAGCGUUUUAGAAUGAUUUUGUGUGGUGACGUCAGAAUCCAGACCCCCGGAUUCUCGGGAUGUCACAGUUGGUAUCAGAGCAAUAGGUUAUAAGUUAUUGAAAUUAGAAUAUAGAUUGUGGAUAUAAGUUUUAUAGAGAAGAAGUGUUCAGUGACCUCAUGUAGAGGUGUUGUGAGACUGUCUAGGGAUAGUCUAGAAAGGUAAUAGGAAUGGAAUCUAGAUAAUUAAGUUGAGGGUACAUGUUUAGAUAGAUCAUGGUUCCUAAGUCUAGACACUUGGUUUCUAGUAUGGGGACUGAUUGAGAUAGUAAUGUGUGAUAAGGGUCAGAGUUAGACCUAGUCAAAAGAGUAUUAAUAGUAAAUGAUUGAGUUAAGAAUGAUAAAGAUGCAUGGUUUAGAGUAUUCUGACCAUGUUUGAAAGUGGUUUAUCAUCUUGAUUAAGAUGUAAAAUAAUGGGUGUAUAAUAUGAGAUAUGUUGGAUUAGAAAGAGAGUUUUGUAGAUAGAUGAGAAGUGAAUGAUAGAGAGUAUGUAGAAUUGAGUCUAGUUAUCAGAAGUGAUACUGUGAGUAAGUUAGAACGUUAGUCUUCACGACGACGCUUCAAGCUAACCGGGAUUUCAUCUGAUGUCAAGAUGAGCCAGCUUAAUUGCGAAUGAUAAUGUCUACAAGGAAAUCUUACGAGGCUAUCACGAGCGAGAACGUCGAGAAGAAGACAUACAUUGAACAACGGUUUAUUGAAGCAGAGCAGGAAUUUGAGAAGACCUUGGCAAUAUCUUUCUUUAACGAAAAUUUAUUUUAAUUCUUCUUAUCAUUAUUGACCCCUUAUUACGAUAUCUCUUCUACAAAAGUUUUGAUAAAUAAAAUCUUCUAUUUCUCGAAUGACGAGAGAACAUUGGUAUUGAUCAUUGAUAUUGGUAUUGAUUCUUGGUAAGUAAUAAAGGUUGUUGUGAAAAGAAAUGAUAUUUCUUGAUAUUCCUUGACAUUCCGUAAUAUUCUUUGAUAUACCUUGAUAUCUCUUGGUAUUCUUUGGUCUUCUUCGAGAUUUCUUGGCAUUCCUUCCAUAUGAUUGGGAUGAACAACCCUAUUUAUAGGGGACACAAGGUAUACAUGUCUAUGUGAUAGGAGUUGGUUGGGACGCCAUCACUUGUGUGUGUUGUG